UAACGUUACACUAGCUAGCUUAUCUUAAAAGAUGGCGGACGAUUUGUUUCUCGGUGAUUGUAUGCAUGUAUUUUGAAUUUUAUCGACAUAGACGAUAGUAUUUGGAGAACAUCAACUAUAUUAAUUACUCUGCUGAUACUCAAAGGUUUUUAACGGAAAGUAACGAACGUGGUGUGAAGUUGUAACGGUCACGUUCAUCGCGGGACUUUGGUAAUAGGCCUACGUUAACUAAGUUAAGUAUCGUUACACUGCUAAAAUAAGUAACGACUGUAAGAGUACUUGUGCUUUUUGAGUACGUGUGUGACAUGCGCACAUACAACCAGCAGCAGCAGCAGCGACCCACCGUCCGACACCGACACUCCGUGAGGACGGAGGCCGACAGACGGAUCAACAGCCGCGGGGAUGUGAAUGCGACGGACUCGGGCUCAGCGGGGACGGAGGGCUGUUGUCAGAGAAUGCCACAGCAAGCGAACACACCGUCUGCGUUAGCUCACGAUUGUACACAGUUAGCUCUCAGAUAUAUAGCGAAUAACACCGAGUCGUGAUUAUUGUUUGUUUUGUUUUUUUAUUUACAAGAGGAUCGUCCGGCGGACUGCGUUAAACAUCCUCCAGCCAGCAUGCCUCCUGCUCAGAGCCUUCAAUCCAGCGGACUGACCCUCUCUGAAACAAGCAUGGUUUAUAACGUUCGACUUCACCAAAAGGCCCUGAAUAUUGUUAGAGAUGAUUCUCACCCAGCUGCUCCCCUCUUUGAAGAGACGCCCUCUGGGAGGAGGUUCAGACAACUCUGUUUUAAAUCUGAGUGGUUUAAAAGAUGUACAUUCCCUGAGGCUGUUCGACUCUUGAAAGGCUCCUUUAAGAGGAGGAAGAGGAAAUCAAUAAUAGUGACGGUGAUGCUGCUCAUCGUAUCUGUGCUCAUCCUCAUCUUUGGCCUGGCAGCGACGACGAGGACGCAGAACAUCACAGUGGGCGGCUACUACCCGGGAGUCAUUCUGGGCUUUGGCUCUUUUCUGGGAAUUAUCGGCGCUCAUUUGAUAGAGAACAAGAGGCAGAUGUUAGUGGCAUCUAUUGUCUUCAUCAGUUUCGGAGUGGUGGCUGCCUUCUGCUGUGCUAUUGUCGAUGGAGUUUUUGCUGCGAGGCACAUUGAUCUCAGGCCUCUGUAUGCUGGCCGCUGUGAGUAUCACUCCAGUGAGAGUGCAUCUGACCGCGAUGUUCCCUGUCAGUCCUCAUCGCGACCAUCCUGCAACCUGCGUGUGAAGAGCAACACCUGUUACUGCUGCGACCUCUACAACUGCGGGAAAGAACAUCCUCUUAUGGGACUUCAGAAUAAAGAUGUUUUGAAAAAGUUUAGGAAAUCAUCCAUGAUUUGGAAGGCUAGCCGUGUAGAGGUGAUUGGAGGCUACCACGAAUACACAGAUGUGAAGAGCUGCCAGGAUGUGGUGCACCUCUAUCACCUGUUAUGGUCCGCUACCAUCCUCAACAUCGUGGCCCUCUUUCUGGGCAUCAUCACCGCUGCAGUGCUGGGAGGCUUCAAAGACAUGACUCCCUCUGCUGCCUCAGAGAGUACAUCCGAACCAGAGGCCAUCACAGCUCCCGUCCCCUCACAGCCUCCUCCACCCACCACUUCCCUCAACUCGUAUUACAACACUGCCCCCUGCCUGCCGCCUUACACUGCCUACGACCUGCAGGGCUCCUACAUGUUCCCUGACUCCUCAGGCCUGUCAGAUGACUCCCAGUCUGGAGCCAGCCACCUGUGGCCCACUAUGAUCCCUCCACGCUACUCUCCUCCUCACAACCACCCUGAUGAGAAGCCCCCACCGUACAGCCCGUAACAUGCCGUCGAGCACAGAAGGCACCUGAAACGUUAUCGGGUGUUGCUAGAUGCAGAAUGAGUGGUUUGAAUGCACAAUUCCUCUGGGCUCACAAUCGUGGAGAACUGUGUUGAAGGAAAGGUGGUGAGGAGGAGGAUGGUCCACAGAGCACACUAACUUUGAGUUCAGCCCAACACAAGGGAGCGAGUGUGUGUCUCCAUUGGCACCCACACUCACACUCAUGCCUGCACUGUGUGUGUGUGUGUGUGUGUGUGUGCAUAUACACAUCAAGAGAGAGAACAACCGGUUCAAAGCAAGGACUGUUUACACAUCUAUCUGCCUUAACGCAAAUGGACUUCCAGUGCUGCAGCACUCUGUCACCCAGAUGUAUUCUGGUCAAAAACUCUCCUCCAGCUCAUGCUCUAUGUUCACCUCUCUUUAGUACAUAUUGUAAAUGCUUCCUGCCUCGAGUGGUACAGCUGAUAACGUCCUCACUGCUUGACUGUGAGGAUCUGGACAGCUACAAGCCUUGUGUGAGAUGAACGCGGAGUCGGAUGAAAGCUUUGGUGUCUGUCCCCCAAUCUGAAUCAACUAGAAAAUUAAACACUGUAGAGUUGUAGGCCCAAGCAGUCGUUUCUUUAGCGGCUAAUAGUGUCACUGUACAUUAUUAAAAGGCAAAGUUAGCAGUAAUGGAGGUGUUACAUGCUCAUAAUGUAUGUACAGCAGUAUGAUACACAGAUGCUCCUUUAGCAGUUAAGCCUAAGGUAUAUAAACAGAUCAUGGUAUCUAUCAACUCUUUAGUUUAUGUUCAAAAAUAUCUUGAUCAAUGUGUGGUGAACUUUGCAGAGCAGCGUUUAUGAAGAAAUAAGCUAUCCUGCACUAGUUGUUAAGUCAAGACGGUUAACAAUUACACGCCAAACUAUUUAUUGUAAUUUUAAUAAAAGCUGCAAAGCAGGUUCACAUAUAUCAUCUCUCUCUUUGUAAGUAGCAGUAUUAUCACAUUUAUGAGUUGUGUUGUCUGUCAGGAAUAAACAUUAGUAAGGCUAAGAGUGAACAGUCAGUGCUGGAUUCACUGACAUGAGAUGGGAGAUCAUCAAAAGUCAAAGAAUAAGAACUGUUGUUCACUGAAGAAGAGAGACAGAGUGUGAUCUUAGUCCAUGUCCAUGAAACCGGUCUCUGUCAGCUUUCAUCAGUGCUUUUUAUAAUGUAAACAACACACUCUCAGGGGCUGUUUGUCAGUUCCUUUUUGUCUUGCCAUUAAAAAAUGUUUUGUGUAAAUUCAAA